GGCGGGCGGCAGGACGUGAUGCGCAGGAAGCCGGGAGCGGCCGUGCGGAAGUGGAGCCGUCAUGGAGCUGAGCGAGAUGCUCUAUAAUAAGUCCGAGUACAUCGAGACGGCGUCCGGCAACAAGGUGAGCCGGCAGUCCGUGCUGUGCGGCAGCCAGAACAUCGUCCUCAACGGCAAGACAAUAGUUAUGAACGACUGCAUCAUCCGCGGUGACCUGGCGAACGUUCGGGUUGGGAGACACUGUGUGGUGAAAAGCCGCAGCGUCAUCAGGCCGCCCUUCAAGAAGUUCAGCAAAGGGGUGGCUUUUUUCCCUCUCCACAUUGGUGAUCAUGUCUUCAUAGAAGAGGACUGUGUGGUCAAUGCAGCCCAGAUUGGCUCCUAUGUCCACAUAGGCAAGAACUGUGUCAUUGGCCGCAGAUGCGUCUUGAAAGACUGCUGCAAAAUCUUAGACAACACAGUCCUACCUCCUGAAACAGUUGUCCCACCUUUCACGGUGUUCUCGGGCUGCCCAGGACUCUUCUCUGGGGAACUCCCGGAAUGUACCCAGGAGCUCAUGAUUGACGUUACAAAGAGCUAUUACCAGAAGUUCCUGCCACUCACACAGGUCUAGUAGCCCGUUUCAUGUCUCAGAGCAGUAAAGGCGCUCAGGAGCGUUCUGGGGGUAAGGAGGGGGGUUGUUCAGUGAGACCAGGCCUCGGCCCUCACUGUUCUGAGCACUCUGUGAGUGUUCCUCAGCACUGACGGUCUGGCCAAGCAGCCUCUGGUGAAAGCUGCUCUGUCCUGUGGUUUAACUUUUGUGUGCUCAUUUGGAUGUCAUUCAUUCCACGUUGUUUGAAUCGUGCCAGUAAAUGCUCUGCAGUUGGGAGAGCAGGUACAGCUCUCUUUGGGGCAGCAUCUCUUUGUUGCAGCUGGGGAACAAGUCUAGAAGCAGUCUCCAUCCUCGAGCAGAAGGGCUGUGUGGCUGAUGUGUGUGUUGGGCUCAUAGAUCCAGUGCUUUCCAUUGGAAGAAUAGGUGCUGUUCUGUAGGGCUGUGAGUUGAGGUGGAUGGCCUCUGCCUUUUCUCGCUGUGGGCUGAGAUUCUCUCCUAUAGGGACAGGAUAUUGUUCAUCACCCGGGGAUUUGCUUUAGGACUUUUGGCUGACAUUGAAACUUCUCUUUCCAUGCCCUGCCUGACAGUACACUUAAUAGCUUUUAGCUCUUUAAGCAGGCAUGAGCCUUGUGCUCUCGCCUGUCAUGCAGGGUUGUCGUUCCUGUGGCCAGUGCAUGUUCUACUUCCUGAGCUUUACAGACCAUAAAGAGCCAAAGGGCUGUGAGAAGAGGAUUCACUCCAUGUCAGUCACAGAGCUCAGCACAGCAGAAAUUGGGUAAUUAAAAGCAGGAACCAGAGGUGAAUGAGAGAAUGCUGCAACUGUCCCCAUUUAUUACCCAGUGUGUAUAUUUGCAGGAAGCAGUUUGGUGCUUUUCUGCAUUACUAAACCUAAGGAGGAGAUUCAGACUUCGUGGAAAAGUGCAUGUUCCAUUUUUCACGGAACAGAGCAGGAAUAAUUCUUGCUGGGAGCAGCUGAUACUGCAUGUACCUGACCCAGUACCAGACAACUGACUGAAAAUGAUGUGCCUGCUCUGGCUGCAUUAGCUAAAGCUUAGCAUUGUCCUUCUCUAGGUUUAAACUGUCCUCCCACAUGUUGUAGUUAUAGCAGCUGGGGCUGGGACGCGUAUUAGUGAUGCAGUAGGUGCGCGGCUGCGAGAUCAGCAGCCCUGAGCCUUCAGCCAUUCUUUAUAACAAAGUGCUGAUACACCUCAAGUAGGCAACAGCUGUACAAGUGUGUAGUAACCACGGUUAAAUGUACAACCACUGACUGGUCUGUUUGUAUUUUUAUUGUAUGUAAAUUAAAGCCUCUUCAGUUGUACAAGCAA